AUGAUAAGAAAUAUAUUUGAUAGGAAAUAUACUUAUAUAUUAAGAUUCUUACUUUUAUUUAUAAAUAUUUUUCCCUAUAUCUUGCCAUCUGAUGAUGAUAAUUCAGUAUGCCUUGGAACAACAAAUGGACCAUCAAAAUUGUCAAAUUUAAGUCAUUAUCAAAUGUUAAAACAACAAUUUUCAUUAUGUAAUAGGAUAUCAGGAAAUUUAGAAAUAACUCAUAUAAAUGGAUUAGAGGAAUUGGCUGAAGGAGAGAAACCAUUUGAUUUUUUAAAACAUAUAGAAGAGAUAAGGGGAUAUCUUUUGAUAUAUCAGGUUGAAAAUAUUCCGGAAAUAAUUUUUCCAAAUUUACGUGUCAUCUGGGGUGAUACACUUUUUGAUCCAUUACAUAGAGAAGGUAAAUAUUCUAUAUAUGUUGGUUUAACUGAUAUGGAAAAACUUGUAUUUCCUAAUUUAACAAAAAUUGAAAAAGGACUUGUUGAGUUUAAUCAUUUUAAAAAAUUAUGUUAUUUAAGAAAUAAAAUUGAUUGGGAACAAUUAUUAGGACCACAAUAUAAUAAUCGUAUUAUAUUUGAUGUUGGUAAUGAAUAUAAUACAUGUAAUGAUGAUAAUCAAAUAACAGAAUGCCAUUCAUCAUGUAAUGGUAAUUGUUGGGGUAAUUUAAAAAAUGAAUGUCAAAUAGUAUUUAAAAAUUUUUGUCCAAUAUCAUGUCAUAAUCAUGGAUGUUAUAAAGAUCAUCAUGGACAUUAUAAAUGUUGUGAUUCAAUGUGUACAGGUGGAUGUUUUGGUCAUGGAAGAAGUAAAUGUGCUGCAUGUGCAAAUUAUAUACAAGAUGGUGAAUGUGUACAAAGUUGUAGAGGAUUAAAUUAUUAUAAUAAAAUAACAGGAAGAUUAGAAGAUGCUAAAGAUCCAAGAUAUACAUUUAAAAGAUAUUGUGUUAGUGAAUGUCCCUCUGAAACAUUAAUUGAAAAAGAUUAUUGUGUUACAAGAUGUAAACCAAAAUUUUUUUAUAAUAUAACAUUAGGUGAUAGAACAUGUAGAGAAUGUGGAACAUAUUGUGAUAAAAUUUGUGAAAUUAAUGAACCAUUAACAAAAAGAAAUAUUGAAAAAUUAAAAAAUUGUGAAUAUGUUGAUGGUUUUAUAGAUAUAUCAUCUGAAAAUUUUAAUAAAUUUAAUGAAGAAUCAUUAAAUAAAAAUGAUUUAGAAUAUUUAAAAAAUAUUAAACUUAUAACAGAUUAUGUAAUUAUUAAAACUGGUAAAAGUUCUAUAAUAAAUUUAAAUUUUUUAACAAAUUUAGAAACAAUAAUAGGAAGAAAAUUUUAUAUGGAACGUGUAUCAUUAGCUAUUGUUCAUAAUUAUAAUUUAAGAGAAUUACAAUUAAAAAAUUUAAAAAGUAUUAAAAGAGGGCAUGUUGUUAUAUCAAAUAAUGAAAAAUUAUGUUUAGCUGAUACAAUUAAUUGGAAUAAUACAUUUCCAGAUACAAUAAAUAAAAUAACAAAAAAUGGUAAAAAAGAAUGGUGUGAAAAUAAUCAAUUAACUACAUGUGAUGAUGAAUGUGAUAUAUCUGGAUGUUGGGGUUCAGGUAAUAAAUAUUGUUUAUCAUGUAAAAAUUUUGAAUAUGAUGGUGAAUGUUAUAAUGAAUGCCCACCUGAUACAUUUAGAAAAAAUAUAACAUCAAAAGAAUGUAUAAAAUGUCAUCCGGAAUGUAUUGGUUGUACAGGUGAAACAUCAUAUCAUUGUAUAGAAUGUGUUUCAUUAUUAGUAUUACAAAAUGAAGGACAAAAUUAUUGUGCUAAAACAUGCCCAAAAUCACAUUAUUUAUCAGGAAAUAAUUGUAUACCAUGCCAUAAAAGUUGUUAUGAAUUUGGUUGUACAGGACAAAGUGAUAUACUUGGUGAUGGUGGAUGUAAUGGAUGUAAAUAUGCUAAAGAAGAUAUUAAUGAAUUUAAAGAACAUUUAUAUACAUGUCUUUAUUAUGAUGGUAAUGCUGAAAAUGUUUGUCAAGAUGUUGGAUUAACAAAUUAUUUUACAUCAACACAUAAACCUAAAAAUGGUAUGAAAGUUGAAUAUUUAGUAUGUCAAAAAUGUGAUGAUGAAUGUGAAAGUUGUAGUGGUAUUGGUAAAUCAGUACAAAUGCAUGAUUGUAAAUGUAGAAAUAAAAUUUUAAUACAAAAUUUAAAUAGUUCAAAUAUUGAUGAAGAAGAAAUAUGUGUUAAUGAAUGUCCAAUAAAUUCAUUUUCAAUGAUUGAAUAUGGUAAACCAAAUAUUUGUCAAAGUUGUCAUAGACUUUGUGAUAAUCAUAAAUCAUGUUAUGGACCAGAAUUUUUUCAAUGUGAAAGUUGUGAAUAUGCUGGUUUUAAAAAAGAUGAUGAUACAAUUAUUUGUACAGAAGAAUGUAAUGUAGAAUUUCCAUAUAUUAAUGAAUAUGAUAGAUUAUGUUAUGCAGAAGAUGUUAUUACAUUAGCAAGGCAUCGUCGAACAAAAUUUAUUAUUAUUGUUGGUAUUAUAUUAACAAUUAUUUUAAUAAUUUUAAUAAUUGCUAUAUGGUAUUGUAUUAAUUAUCGUAGAAAAUAUCGUAAAGAAGUUGAAUUAAAUAUGCCAUCAAUUCCUGAUUAUGAUUUAUCAAAAACACAUGCAAAUAUGGGAAGAAUUAAUUUAAUUACAAUUGAUCAACUUGAACAAACAACACAAAUAAUUGGCCAAGGUGCAUUUGGUGUUGUUUAUGCUGGAAAAUGGAAAAAUCCUAUAAAAGAUUGUAAAAAUGUACCUGUAGCAAUUAAAGUAAUGAAAGCUAUAACAUCAAUAGAUUCAAAAGAAAUAUUAGAAGAAGCUGGAAUGAUGGCACAAGUAUCAGGUGGACAUAAACAUUUACAUCCAAUUAUUGGUAUAUGUUUUUGUGAUACAGUACAAAUAGUAACAUUAUUAAGACCAUUAGGAAGUUUACUUCAUUUCUUAAAAAAACAUAAAGAUAAAUUAGGUGCUUCUAAAAUAUUAUUAUAUUGUUUUCAAAUAUCUUCUGCUAUGGAAUAUUUAGCACAAAGAGGUAUGGUUCAUAGAGAUUUAGCUGCAAGAAAUGUACUUGUUAAAAAUAUUAAUCAUGUUGAAGUAACAGAUUUUGGAUUAGCAAAAAUGCUUCAUGGUGAAGAAUGUAUAAAAUUAUCUGGAAAAGUUGCUGUUAAAUGGUUAGCAAUUGAAACAUUAACACAAACAAUUUUUAAUCAUGCAACAGAUGUUUGGGCAUUUGCUGUUACAUGUUGGGAAAUUUUAACAUUUGGACAAGCUCCAUAUCAAGGAAUAUCAUUAUCUGAUAUAAAAGAUCAUCUUUUAUCAGGAAAUAGAUUAGAACAACCAAAUAAUUGUAGUCAAGAAUUAUAUCAUACAUUAUUACAUUGUUGGAUGCCAAAUCCUGAGGCACGCCCAUCAUUUACAUUAUUAAAAGAAACAUUUCAAAAUUAUUGUAAAGCACCACAUCAAUAUGUAACAGAAUACCAUUUGCAUAAUAAGAUGGAAAUAAUUUCAAAUUAUGAACAAUUUAAAAUGAUUGCUGAUUUAUUAAAUGAUGAAGAUUUUAUGGAUCCACUUGAUUAUCAGGAUAUCUCUCAACGUUCACAAAAUAAUAUUUCAGGUGGAAAUUUCUUUAAUGAUUCACCUAAUAGUCAGACUAGACCAUUACUUCCAAGAUAUGAUGCACCAUGUGAUAAUUUAACUUCUUCAAGUUUAAGAUACGGAGAACCAUCAAUUGGAUAUAAAAAUAAUAAAUUUGAUAUGACAUCUGAUGAGGGAACAGAAAAUUAUUUAGUUCCAAAAGAGAUGGAUGAAGAUACUGCUUCAGUGUAUACAGAUGUUGUAACAAUAAAUGAAUAUAUGUCAGAAUAUUAUAAUGAUCCUUCAAAAGUUCAAAAAUCAGCAAGUGGUGGUAGAGUUAAUGAUUAUGUUAAUCAAAAUGCUAUUGAAAUGAAAGUUUUAACAAAACAAGACAAGAUUGAUGAACCUGAUUAUGAUACAACUAUUGAUAAAGACAUUGAAAUUAUUAAUCCUGUUCUUAAUAAUGAAAAAUUUCCAUCAGAAACAUCAGUUUAA